CCGUGCCCGGCCGGGAGCCGCCUGUUGAUCACCGCUCUCGCCCUGGCCACGGCGCCGCCCUGCUCGCCGGCCCCGCUACCUUGGGGCAGGCAGACUGACGGCCCACACCUCCGGCUCCGUGAUGGGCGCACAGACAGUGGUAUUCUGAAGUCUCAGGAAGCUGCCACAGUUAAAUGUUCAUGGCCCGUGAAAAAGGCAUAUGAGAAACCAUGGCACUCCCUUUUCAAAAAGAGCUGGAGAAAUACAAGAACAUUGAUGAAGAUGAGCUUCUUGGCAAACUCUCAGAAGAGGAACUGAAACAGUUGGAAAAUGUUCUUGAUGACCUAGAUCCCGAGAGUGCACUGCUGCCAGCUGGAUUUCGACAGAAGGAUCAGACACAGAAAGCAGCCACCGGCCCAUUUGACCGUGAGCACCUCCUCAUGUACCUGGAGAAAGAGGCUUUAGAGCAGAAAGACAGGGAAGACUUUGUGCCCUUCACUGGAGAAAAGAAAGGGAGAGUCUUUAUCCCCAAAGAAAAGCCUGUAGAAACUCGUAAAGAAGAAAAAGUGACCCUGGACCCAGAAUUGGAAGAAGCUUUGGCCAGCGCCUCGGACACCGAACUUUAUGACCUUGCAGCUGUUCUUGGAGUACACAAUCUACUCAACAAUCCCAAGUUUGAUGAAGAAACAACUGGCACAAAAGGAGGCAAAGGGCCUGUGAGAAAUGUAGUCAAAGGUGAAAAGGUGAAGCCAGUAUUUGAGGAACCACCCAAUCCCACAAAUGUGGAAGUAAGUCUACAGCAGAUGAAAGCUAAUGAUCCCAGCCUGCAAGAGGUCAACCUCAACAACAUUAAGAACAUUCCAAUUCCAACCCUGAAGGAAUUUGCAAAGGCUCUAGAGACCAAUACUCACGUGAAGAAGUUCAGCCUGGCGGCAACCCGCAGCAAUGACCCUGUGGCAAUUGCUUUUGCAGAUAUGCUAAAAGUAAACAAGACCUUGAAAAGUCUAAACAUAGAAUCUAAUUUUAUCACCGGUGCUGGGAUCCUGGCCCUUGUAGAGGCGUUAAAAGAAAAUGACACAUUGACAGAGAUCAAGAUCGACAACCAGAGACAGCAGUUGGGAACAGCUGUAGAGAUGGAAAUUGCCCAGAUGCUCGAGGAGAAUUCAAGGAUCCUCAAGUUUGGAUAUCAGUUUACCAAGCAAGGGCCACGAACAAGAGUGGCAGCUGCCAUCACAAAGAAUAAUGACCUGGUUCGUAAAAAGCGAGUUGAAGGAGACCGAAGGUAAAUUUCCACAAGAAGAGGCAAAGUUUCACCACAGCGGCAUUUUAAAAACAAAAAUUCUUCUCCAUUGGGACCAUUUUAUCAAAGGUUGUUCAUUUCCGUUAGCCACACAACUCAUAAUUUAAUCGUUAUUCUUUUUUUAGUACUACUUAUUUGUCUUGGAUUUUUUAACACAUACAAUUGUUUUGUUUGCUCAUGGGCACUUCUGGCAACUUGAACCAAUGGACUUCAGCAGAUCUUAGUGGGUGACAACGAUCGAAAAUGAUUUAACCACUUUCAUAUUGGGUUGUCUUGCUUUUUUUUCCUUUUAACCACUGAAAGGAACUUAGUAUAUACAUGUGUUUGUAACUGUGGUUAUGAUAAAGGCCUAUCUCUGUUUACAUGCACAGCUUUGAGUUAGGCUAAAUACAUCAGAAGUGUUCAGGUGACCAUAUAAGAAGUUAGUAUUUCCAGUCUUUCAUUAGGUGAGAAAAUGUGACCAGCUUAACACAGAUUCUCCCUUUGUUCCAGAAAAAUCACUUCCUGUACACAUGUCCCCCCCCAUGAAGAUCAGUGGUGUCAUCUUCAUAAAAAAUAAGACAGCAUUAUGAUACAUUAACACAGCUUUAGCAAAUAAGUGUGAAAUAUUUAUUAGCCCACAAAUAUAGCUUCAAGCCAGACUCUCAGCUAGCAAAAUAAAUUAGCAUACUUACCUGUA